GUUGUUUGUUUCGUUGCAUUCUGUUGUGUUGCUAGAUGACUAGUCCAUGUUUGUUUGUGCGCCCUGGCGGUGUACAGUACUCUCGAAUGAAUAGAUGCAAGAUGCGAGAUGCAAGAUGCAAGAUGCGAGAUGCAAAAUGCGAGAUGCAAGAUGCGAGAUGCGAGAUGCGAGAUGCAAUAUGCAAAAUGCGAGAUGCAAGACGCAAGAUGCAAAAUGCGAGAUGCAAAAUGCGAGAUGCAAGAUACUGAGCGCUGCAAUGCCGUUGCACGUUGUGGUGCACGUUGUGGUGCACCUUGACGAUGCGCGUGCUUACUUUCCUACGCAGAACCUGGAAUCGAGUUAGCGACAUGUGCAUGCGUCCCCCACAGAGGCCU